CAACCUUUCUGUGAUUCUGUGAUUCAGUGUUUCCCAGGGUUUGGUGCUGGAUCAGGUCUUGUUCAAUGUCAGCAAGCUGGAUGAAGGGACAGAUUCUACCAUCAGCACCUUAUCUGAUGAUACAAAGCUGGGAAGAGUGACUGACACACCAGCUGAAAUCAAAAGGACAUAAAAUGGCACGACUGGGAGAAAAAGUCAUAUUCUUGUGCGUGAUACAAGAGCUUAAUAAAAAUUUAUCAUCUUUCUUUCCAUUGCAGUUUGCCAAAGACUGAUGUCCCAGUGUGGAAUAUGGCAUCCAAGGCAAAACAGAGUCAACAAGACAGCGUUGGUGCUGGGAAAAAUAAGGAAGUAAGAACAGGAAAUAAGGAAGAACUGGGAAGAACCAAAAAUGGAGAUACAUCCCAAAGUGCCAUGGAAACACUCGUCAGAGAGAGGAAUUCGUACCUGCAGAAGGAGUACGAGAUUCUGACGGAGCACAUGAACACGUACAUGGGCAGAGUGGAGCGCUUUCUACGGGAGAAUAAAUUCCUGGAAGAGGAAGCCAAACGGAAUCGGCAAGAGAGUAACAUUUAUCUCUCCUACCUGUCGAAACACAGCCAGAGGUGUCAGAAUCUGAUCAUAACGUUAAACGAGCAGAAUGAAGCCGAUCUGUCUCAGGUCCAGCAGCAGAAAGAGAAGCUCGUCUCACGGUACGCAGAAAAAGAAGAGGAGGUCAGGAACCGUCUGACGGAGGUGGAGGCGAAGUACGCUCUUAUGAGCAGUGAGGUUGAAGACCUGCAGCCUUUCAAAGACCUGCAGUUGGAACAGACGAGAAAGAUCAAAGAGCUGGAGAAGGAACUGUUGGUGACGAAGAUCCACCAUUCCGAAGAGAUGCACCAAAUCAAGAGCCGGUUUCUGCAGGCCAAAGCGGGUCGCGAGGAGGACUCUCGUCAGAAGAUCCUGCUGCUCAGCAGGAGAGCAGAAGAAGCAGCAAUGCUCUCCUUAAUUCAGCAUAUCGAGCAAGUGAAAGCUGAGAACCGGCGUCUGCGGCAGGAGUUGCUCGGGCUCAUCCGAUGCUCGAAGGUCCUCAAGGAAAUCCAAGCCGAACUGAGGGAGCAGCAGCAGCAGCUGCUUCGGGAGCAGUGGUGCACCCAGGACGUGGCACACGCGCGGCGCAGGCUGCACCAGCAGGAGGCAAACCGGGGCGCCUGCAGCUCUCACAGCCCUUUUGGAUGCGGAUAUUAGCCUAGAGAAACACUUCUCUGAGCCUCACCGGUGAUGCUGUGUCACCAGAUCUUGCUGGACACCAGUGGCUGUGACAGCCAGUUUGGUCACUGAAGGCUCCGAAGCGAUCAGGGGAGCUGAGUGUUGUGUGUGUGGAUGAAAGGAGCCACUGACACAGCUCACCCUGUAUUUACUGACACCACAGAAUGAACAGACAAAGGCCAACUCCUCUAGCAGCAGACUUCAUUAAAUUUACCUUCCACUGGACUCCAAAGGGCAGAAAAUAAACAAGCAAGCAACCAAAGUUUCAAACAAUAUAUGCACUCAAGGUAUUUGAUCUUUGGUCUUAACAAUGAGUACCAUAUAUUCAUUUUCAUCUUUGCUUUCUUUUCUU